AUGGCCGCCUCGUUGUGUCAGUGUUUUCAGAUAUGUGUCAGAAGAGGUCUGCUGGUAUCCAGUUCCACAUAUAUGCUGCUUCACAACAGACCCCAUGUUUACAGGAUAUGUGGGUCUCUCACAGGUGUUCCACAGGUAAGGUACUCAACAGGUGAUGGAGGCGGUGGCAAGAAAGGUUUCCUGGGAGAAUUUCUGGACAACUUGAAGCAGGAGCUAAACAAGAACAAGGAAAUGAAGGAGAACAUCAAGAAGUUCAGAGAGGAGGCUAAGAAACUAGAGGAAUCUGAUGCAUUGAGAAAAGCUCGGAAAAAAUAUAAAACGAUAGAGUCUGAAACAAUGAAGACCUCAGAGGUCCUGAAAAAGAAGUUGGAGACCCUCUCAGAGACAGUAAAAGAAGGACUUGAGGAGGUCAGUCGUACUGACAUUGGAAAGAAGAUCAAAGAGGGUGUGGAUGAAGCCACAAAGACCGCCAAGAGCUCAGCGGAGUCUGUGUCCAAGAGUGGAGAAAUGUUGGGAAAGACUGGGGCAUUUAGGGCAAUAUCACAAGGAAUGGAGAAUGUGAAAAAGGAGAUUGAUGACCUGGGCCAUACUGGCCCCUACCGGCCCCCCAGUAGACUCAGGAAGAGGAGCGAGUUCUCUUCUAAGGGUGCAGGAGAUGACAGCAAAGUUUUCGAAGCCAAUGAGGAGGCCAUGGGUGUAGUGCUUCACAAAGACUCUAAAUGGUACCAGCAGUGGAAGGACUUCAAAGACAACAACGUGGUCUUCAACAGGUUCUUUGAAAUGAAGAUGAAGUAUGAUGAGAGUGACAAUGCCUUCAUCAGAGCAUCUCGUGCCGUCACAGACAAGAUGACUGACGUCAUAGGGGGACUGUUCUCUAAGACGGAAAUGUCUGAGGUUCUCACAGAGAUUCUGAAGGCGGACCCAUCCUUCGACAAGGAUUCCUUCCUCAAGCAGUGUGAAAGAGACAUCAUCCCCAAUGUACUCGAAGCCAUGAUCAGAGGGGAGCUGGAGGUACUGAAGGACUGGUGCUAUGAAGCGACAUAUAGCCAGUUGGCCCACCCCAUCCAGCAAGCCAAGGCAAUGGGACUGCAGUUCAACUCCAAGAUCUUGGACAUUGACAAUCUUGAUCUGGCAAUGGGAAAGAUGAUGGAACAGGGUCCAGUGCUUAUCAUCACUUUCCAGACUCAGAUGGUCAUGGUCAUCCACAACACUAAAGGAGAGGUGGUGGAGGGAGACCCUGAGAAGGUGCUAAGGAUGAUGUACGUGUGGGCUCUGUGUCGAGACCAGGAAGAGCUCAACCCAUACGCUGCCUGGAGACUACUCGACAUUUCUGCCUCUAGCACAGAACAGAUCCUUUAAGAAACUGACACAAGCACGUGUGCGCACACACACACACACACACACACACACACACACACACACACACACACAGGGACAGAAAAAAAUAUGCUCACCCCUGGGGCUGGCUUGAAAGAGAGGCACGUUGAUGGCUGGGAAGAAGGGGAGGAGUGGAAGGCAGGUGGCGAUGGAGGAUGAACAGGCAAAACAUGAGGCUCACUCUCCAUAGAAACAUUGACGUGUUGUGCUGCUAGAUAAAUCAACCACUCAGCUGUCCCCAUUGUGUUAUGCUGGCUUUGUGUUAAGGGCAUGACGGACACUCACCCCUAAACCUCAAACUCCCCUUCUCUGGGCGCUCCUACAGACUGGUCAGGCAGACAUGAAUAGAGGAGUCUAUUUCCUGUCUGGAUAUGCCAGUCAUUUCUCUGGCUGACACUAGGGGGCGGUACAUGACCAAGGGCCUUCCUUCUGUCUGUUCUAUCUGGCUUACUGUCUGCACAGCCGUCAGUUGGGACUUGAUGGCUCAGCGUAGCUGACAUUGGCUUUCAACUUUUUACCUUUUUAACCAGCAAGGGAUGACAAUGUUUACUCAUAUAUUUUGCCUUCUAUUUUUCCAUCUUAAUUUACCUCCUCAGAGAAAACAUCAUCCUCAUGGUUAACUUCUGUCCAAGGUUAAAGGUUAAAGAAAAGUGAUGUUAGUAAUCCAGGAAGUACUUUUGUAAUGAAACCUCUGACCUGGUUUAACAGGUUAUUCUUGUAUCACCAACAUCAUAGACCUGACUAAUAACGUUUUCUCCAACGAUCGUUCAUUCUCUCUCCCUCUGUCUUUCUAUCUUCUCUCACUUUCUGUCUCUGGGGGAAAACAUCUUGGAUGAUGGUGGUGGUGUUGUCCAUCAGGCCUGCGAGUCUCUUUGAUCCUUAUUUGUAUGAUAGCAGUCCAAUGUCAUUUUUAAAUGUGGAUAAAGUAUAUAUUUAUUAUGGAAAAUAAAGAUGACCCCUGUUUUUCACCUGUCACAGGUUUGACAAUAGCUUUUAACCUAACAUUACCAUAGCUUCAGGAAAUGCUUAAGCUUGCCUUUUAAAAGAAACUAUCAGGUGAAACCCUUAAGGGCUUGUUUUUUUACCAAAUCCUAAAUUUAAUAUUCUUUUUAAUACUUAAAUUGUUUUCUUUGGAAGCAAAUGCUAAAUCUGAUGUGAUUUUCACAGUAAACUUUCUAUAGCAAAGCUAGAACAUUUUUAUUUCUAAAUCAAAUAACAAUCAGGUAGAAAACACUCAGUUGCAUUGAGUGAAAUGUGGUGGCCUCUGUAAAAAUAUUACACAAAUUGGGAAUACAAUUUAUAUAUCUAUAUAUAUAUAUAUAUAUGUAUCUUCUUCUUCUUUGGGCUAGUUCCUUUUCCCAGGGGUCGCCACAGCGGGCUUGAUAGUUUCCAUCAGUAGGUACGCUGUGAAGGCACAGCGCCGAUGGUGGUCUUGUCAAUCCCCAUAAUGAUUUGGCAAAAUUUUAUGUCGGUUGCCCUCCCUGACACAACCACUAACCCUAUGGACCUUCUUUUUUACAAAAGAAAAAAAAAAGAAGCAAGGAUUUAGUUAUUUGUUACCCAAGGCAGAUAGUUCAUAUGGAAGCAGCAAUUUUGGGGGGGGGGGUAAAAAAAUAGAUGGAUAAUUGUCAUCCCAAUCCAUCCCUGGUUAUAAGUGCACCUCAAUUUACCAUUUCUAAGUAACAUAAAUAUGAUGCGCCAUGACUGAAGCUCUCUUCAUUGUACCCUUCAUCACAUCACCUACCUCAGUCUUAUGCCUCCAUCGUCAGGCAUUACUUUGAGACACAAGCACGACGUGCCUUGUUGCUGCUUCGUGUACGGCUGGUGGUGUGACUGUCUACAACCAGGUCUCUCAUAUUGGCAUUUCAGUCUGAUGGAAAAUUAUUAGGUUGUGGGGGCUAAAUUGCACCAAUUACACCUAGACCGUAGUUAAUGAUGGAGCAUGUGGCAUCUUUGUUUAUCAAUCUCUCCAUUCUUUUCAUAUUUGAUACCAGUGGUUGAGGGCGGAGGUGACAUGAGUCAACUCCGGACAUGACUAGGAUAGAGAGGGUAAUUGAUGGAUGGGACUCAAUGGGAUUUAUCACUGGACAUGGCCAGGAAGUUCACAGAUUUUUGAAAAAUUACUCUAGCUGUGUGGCUGUCUGAUAUGAAUGUUUAUGUGGUUUCCACUGACAAGCUCUGAACAUGUUGUUUAGAUUCACAAAGCAGAGGCAGCAAGAGCUCAUAAAACUACAAUACAGACAGAUGCUGAUGUUCAAGUCUGUUUUGCUGCAGAGUAAUUAAUGUUCAUUGUUGGGUAACAACCCAUGUGCUGUGAUUUGUGCAGCCAUGCUACAUCUUACAAGGUCACAAAGAAGAUAGCAAACAAAUCUGUGUCACAUUGACAUGAACAUGGUUCUGCUGUCAAGUUGUUGGGAAAUAGUGAAUGGUUUUCUUCUAGGGCUAACGUUUUGUGAGUACGUCUCUUGCCUAUGAAGGCCUUGGCUGUCACCACUUAUU